CAGGUCCGGCUCCGGCUCUAGUCUGCGGCCCACGACUCGCCUGAGGCCGGACGGGCCGGUGACCGCUGCCGCACGCAGCCGACGGGGGGAUCCUCGGAGAGGGUCUGAGCCCCACUGCCGCGGGCGGGAGCGAAACUUGGCUUUCCAAAGCCCGGGCAGCCGAAGAACUCGAUCCCGGGGUGAGCCAACCGCCGAGACGCCGUGGGCACGGAGCAGACUCGCUCACCUGGCGGGGCUGGUGGAGGGCGAGGAUAACGGAGCAACCCGCUGCUGACUGCCUGGCUCCGGGUGGCCGCCCGCUGGACGUGGAUGGGCGUUCACCGCCUUCACCUGCUGCCCUGCGACUCGUGACUGGGAACGGCGUCGCCGCUCUCCGCCACUUGUUGGGGGGUGUCCGUGCAACGCGGUUCCAACAGGUUUUCUACUUAUAAAAGACAAUGACUACUGAUGAAGGUGCCGAGAACAAUGGAGAAAGCCCAGCAGCCACUGUUGCUGAACAGGGAGAGGAUAUUACCUCCAAAAAAGACAGAGGAGUAUUAAAGAUUGUCAAAAGAGAGGGAAGUAGUGAGGAAACACCAAUGAUUGGAGACAAAGUUUAUGUCCAUUACAAAGGAAAGUUAUCUAAUGGAAAGAAGUUUGAUUCCAGUCAUGAUAGAAACGAACCAUUUGUUUUUAGUCUUGGCAAAGGCCAGGUUAUCAAGGCAUGGGACCUUGGAGUGGCGACCAUGAAGAAAGGAGAGAUCUGCCAUUUACUGUGCAAACCAGAAUAUGCAUAUGGCUCAGCUGGCAAUCUCCCUAAAAUUCCUUCAAAUGCAACUCUCUUUUUUGAGAUUGAGCUUCUUGAUUUCAAAGGAGAGGAUUUAUUAGAAGAUGGAGGCAUUAUCCGAAGAAUAAAACGGAAAGGAGAGGGAUACUCAAACCCAAAUGAAGGAGCAACAGUAGAAGUUCAUCUGGAAGGCCACUGUGGCGGAAGGAUGUUUGAUCGCAGAAAUGUGGUAUUCACUGUUGGUGAAGGAGAAGACCACGACAUUCCAAUUGGAAUUGACAAAGCCCUGGAGAAAAUGCAACGAGAAGAACAAUGUGUUUUAUAUCUUGGAUCACGAUAUGGUUUUGGAGAGGCAGGGAAGCCUAAAUUUGGCAUUGAACCCAAUGCUGAGCUUAUGUAUGAAGUUACACUUAAGAGCUUCGAAAAGGCCAAAGAAUCCUGGGAGAUGGAUACCAAAGAAAAAUUGGAGCAGGCUGCCAUUGUCAAAGAGAAGGGAACCUUAUACUUCAAGGGAGGCAAGUACAUGCAGGCGGUGAUUCAGUAUGGGAAGAUAGUAUCCUGGUUAGAGAUGGAAUAUGGUUUGUCAGAAAAGGAGUCCAAAGCUUCGGAAUCUUUCCUGCUGGCUGCCUUUCUGAACCUGGCCAUGUGCUACCUGAAGCUCAGAGAAUACACCAAAGCUGUUGAAUGCUGCGAUAAGGCCCUUGGACUGGACAGUGCCAAUGAGAAAGGCUUGUACAGGAGGGGUGAAGCUCAGCUGCUGAUGAAUGAAUUUGAGUCAGCCAAGGGAGACUUUGAGAAAGUGCUGGAAGUAAAUCCCCAGAACAAGGCUGCAAGACUGCAGAUUUCCAUGUGCCAAAAAAAGGCCAAGGAGCACAACGAGCGAGACCGCAAGAUCUACGCCAAUAUGUUCAAGAAGUUUGCAGAGCAGGACGCUAAGGAAGAGGCCAAUAAAGCAAUGGGCAAGAAGACUUUAGAAGGGGUCACCAAUGAAAAAGAAACACAAAAUCAAGUAAUGGAAGACCAGAAAACUGAAGGCCACGUAUGACGCCACGCCAGGGAGGGAAGAGAGUCCAAAUGAACUCAGCCCCCUCCUCAAUGGGCUUUCACCCAACUCAGGACUAAACAGUGUUUAAUGUAAAGUUUGUUAUAGUCUAUGUGAUUCUGGAAGCAAAUGGCAAAACCAGUAGCUUCCCCCAAACAGCCACCCUGCUGCUGCCCGGUGGGUUCAUUGAGGGGGUGGCAUGGGACCACUCCAGGUGGAACAAAACCAGGGACUGUUGGUGUGGAGAGAUUGAGCCAACAGCUUGAGUCCAGCUCAUUUCAUUUUAUGUCAACUUACAAUAUCCAAUUCAGGAUCCCUUGAGAUAAUCCUAACAAUUUGGGGCUUCUGUUAGGUUUUACAUUUGAACUUUAAUAGCACUACAGAAAUCUUUUUUAAAAAUGCUU